AUGCCUGGUUGUGCGGCCGCUUGUCUAGGCCAAUUCCUCCCAGAUUCGACCUGCGAGGCCAGCGAUUCAAAGUGCGUUUGCGCCGACACGGAACUCAUGUUGGGCGUCGAAGGUUGCACUUUCAGCAGUUGCACCGUUGUUGAAGGCUUGGCCGCCGCCAACAUCACCAAAACCAUGUGCAACGAGCCCGUCCGUGACAGAAGCCUUGUCGCCCCUAUCGCUACAGCCAUCUCAGGGUUCUUUGCUCUACUGUUCAUAUUGUCGAGGGUUUAUGUCUGCUACACCUUGGAGGAGUGGGCCUGGCAAGAUUAUUGCGCCUUCGUGGCCAUGGCCUCUUCGAUCCCAAUGGAUGUUGGCGAGUUCUUCAUGAUGCACUAUGGCAUGGGCAAGGACGUCUGGACCCUGGAGGAGGAGCAGAUCAAUGAAGUUGUCAAGUGGACAUGGGUUACCCAGGUCAGCUACAUCCCAGCGAUCAUCCUGACCAAGAUGGCCAUCAUUGGCAUCUUCCUUCGUGUUUUCCCCGACGAGACCUUUCGCAAGGUCUGCAUCGGCACCCUGGUCCACUGCGGGCUUUUCCUGGUGUCGACGUUCGUCGCGACAAUACUGGCUUGCGUUCCGGUCUCCGAUGCGUGGAUCGUGUGGUCUGGCAAGGCCACUGGCCUCUGCUACAAUAAUACUGCGUAUUGGUGGGCGCACUCAGCCAUCAACAUCUCGACGGACUUGUGGAUCCUGGCCCUUCCCAUAUCGCAGCUGCUGAAGCUCCAACUGGGUCUCAAAAAGAAGAUCCACCUGAUGCUGAUGUUUGGCGUGUGUAUCAUCAUCACUGUGAUUAGUAUCAUCCGCUUCUCCGGGCUCCUCCAGUACUCGUUCACCACGAACCCGACUUACAACAACGUCAUGGUCGCGACCUACUCUGUCGUCGAGUGCAACGUGUCCAUCAUGUGUUGCUGCAUGCCCGCGGCCCUCGCCCUCCUGCGACGCACGUACCCUCAGAUAUUCGGAUCGGCCAGUGGCUCUUACGAGCGCAGCGAUGAUCCCAACAAGCCACGCUCGCUCAUGAUCUUUGGUGGCAGUGGCCGAACUCCCAAGGGCAAACGUGGCAUACAGAAGAGUGUGACGAACACCGUCAGUUACGAGACCAGGCCAGACGACGGAUCGGACCAGCUCGAGUUGAUGGAUGUCGAGGGUAAUAGGCUGGACCGCAAGUGGAAUGCAUGA